AUGAGUAAACAAUUAAUUUGGAGGUGGCAACUAGCGCCGGCGGCAGCGUUCGCACCGCCAACGAAGCACACAGCGCUCGGAGGCGGUGCCACUGACAAUGGUGUGGUGGAAGUAGCGAUGGCUUUAGCUGUGACUCUGGUGGCUGCGGCAGUGUCAGUGACUGUCGCUGUUGACGUUAACGAAAGUCACAAAGCAAAUUUCCACAAUUUAGUUACUCAACAGCUUUCUGAUCGUGAGGAACGCCAACUAAAUAAACAACAUUAUUGUCAAUUUAUUAAUAAUCAAAGUAAAAUGCCACGCCUACGCCUACUACUCUUCUUGGGUCUAAUGAUCGCCGUUCCGCUUACAAUGGACGCCGCUGUGUACACUUGCAAUAUUCAGCUGGUGGAUGGUGUGGUGCAGAAGGUAUGCCGUAAACUCCAGUGUCCCGUCAAUUGCUCGAAUGGCAUCUGUAAUAUGCAAUUACAAUCGUGUAUGUGCAAUAAAGGCUACGAAUUCAUCGGUGGAUCAUGUGUACCCACUUGCGAACCGUCGUGUGGCGAAAGCGAGAUUUGUACUGCGCCUAAUGUGUGCGAAUGUGCAGAAGGAUACGCUUUAUUGAACUCUAAGUGUGAGCCAAUUUGUAAAACACCUUGCGAUGAUACACAAUAUUGUGCUGCGCCGAAUACUUGCGCAUGUUUGGCGGGUUACAAUAACGCCACGACUGGUGGCUGUGAACCGAUCUGCAUGAACGACUGCGGUGAACACGGACGCUGUAAGGCGCCAAAUUUGUGUGAAUGCGAUGAAGACUACAGUGUACAGGGGCAGAGCGGGUGUGCGCCUAUUUGUGAUGCAGAGCUUUGCGCCAACGCCGAUUGUAUUGGACCAUAUCAGUGCAUUUGUCAUGAGGGCUAUACACUUAACUUUGACACCAAUAAAUGUGAGCCAUUGAUGGAAAGCGAGGAGAAUCAGGUGACACAAAAUAUAUUGCACUUAAUCGAUGUGCGUUCUGGAAUUGAUUCGGAGGCUUUAAGUACAACGGAUGAAAUUUUGACCACAUAUUCAUCAACUAUCGAUAAUUAAAAAAUAAGAAAUAAAAAAUAUAUAUAUUCUCACAAAUACACAGCCAA